UGGGCGUGGAUUUUUGAAAUUAAUAAAAAAAAAUUUCAUUGUAUUUUCUGUUAACACCAUCUAACAGGAAAAACCAGAGUGUUUUAAUGAUACAUUGAAAUUUAUGUCUUAAAAAAAAGAGUUAAAAUAACUAAGAGGAGUUCCAUUUACUGCCAACUUUUCUCACAUCUUCAUCUUUCAACCGAAAUCAAUUCGAGACAGAAGAGUGUGUAACAUUAAAAGAGAAAGAAAGAGAGGGAGAGAGAGAGAUAAACACAAAUAAAAAACAAAAUGACGAGUCCAACAACGACGAGACAAUCUUAUAAAUUGUCCUUAACCUUAUUAAGCCUUUUACUAUGCUCUAUGGUUGUGGCUACACCCACAGCACACACUACUACACAUGCUGUUGACACCUCGUCGUCGUCAUCUCCGGUGGAUCUUAAGGCUGAUGAAAACUAUUUGUGUCCCGAAGACUGUCACUGUGUUUUGGCUCACAAUACACAUAAACCAUUUUUGCAUGCCAAAUGUACGUCUCUAAAGGGUCUUCAGUCGGAGAAACCCUUAGAGGCUACACUGCCGGUACAUUCCAUAGAUUUGUCAUUCUUAAAUUUGACUCGUUUGGCCAAAUCUUUGGAAAAACUGCACGAUCUCACUUCCAUUGAUUUGUCACACAAUGAAUUGCAUGAAAUUGGUCACCUGGGCAGACGUAUUAAGAAAUUGAAUUUGAAGCACAAUCGCAUUAACUCCUCUAAAUUGUCGAAAAUGCCACAACAUGUUCAGUCUUUGAAUUUGCAGCACAACGAUAUUACCAACUUGCCCUUGGAAUUUACCAAAUUGACACAAUUGCAGUCAUUGGAAUUGGCCCACAAUCAAAUCAACUGCUCAUGUGAAACCUUAGAGGUGCGCAACUGGCUGCAAGAGCGUCAUGUCUUUAUGGAACAUCCAGUGAAAUGUUUCUAUCCUACCCUCUACAAAGGCAAAUCCUGGUUGCAGGUCAAACAAUCGGCAGUUUGUGAAAAGGAGAAGAGAUUGGGUUACAAUGCUGCUGAGGAAGAAGAAAAUGAAUUGAUGAUGGGUGAUCAGCCCUUUGAGGCUUCUGGUGAUGAGGUACAAGAUGAAGAGGAAUUGGGUAAAGAUUUUAUGCCCAUUGACAGUAAUACCAAAAAGACUACCAGUGCCCAAAAUUCGGCUCUAACUAUGUUAAAUGAAGUUGAGGGUUCUGGCGAUUUAAGUGAAAUGAAUUUGCCUUUGGAUAUGUUGGACACUAGCACCAACUCGGCUCCUGUAGAUGAAGUGACCACCGAUAUGCCCGAAGAAGAUGAUGAAGGUUCUGGCAGUGGUGGUGGUAUGUUGUUUAUACCCGCUAUACAUCGCGAACAUGUAAUCACCGACGAUUUUGAUAUACCCGAGUCAAAGGAAGAAGAUGAUGGUGAUUUGAAUGAAGAUGAUAUGAAUGAUAACAAACCCAUUGAGGAGCCGGCAGUUGAUUCUGAUGUCUUCCGUCAUAAUUUGGGUAUUUUCGAUGGCGAUGAGAAACCUAGACCCAGCACCGAAGAACCAGAAGUGGAAGAGGAAGAAAUUAAACCUGUGGUUGUACCCACUUUGGGUGAGGGUAAUGAACCUUCCACUGAUGGACCCGAAACUGAUGCUGUGGCUCAUGCUAAGAUGGGUGAAACUAAGGAUGAUAGCAAUGCUACCUACUUCCUUUUGGGUGUUAUUGGUCUCAUUGUCAUUGGUCUUUUGUUGUAUGUGGCCAUUAAACGCUGCAAGCACAGCAGUCAUCGUAAUGAUCCCGAAAAUCCUCAAACCGAAUUGGUAGAUAUGGACAAGAAACAAUUGGGCAAACCUUUACGUAAUGGUGUUCCCGAACAUGUACCUUUGAUUGGAGAAAAAACUAAAUCCGAUAUGGCUAAACCUAUUAAUGGCUCCAAACCCUAUGACGGGGAUACUAAAGAUGGUCCCAAUCAAAAUGAACCUUUACUGAAUAAAAACGGUAAUGCUAAUGGCAAUGGUGCUGCUCAUGCCGAUGAACCGGAAGACAGUCGUCCUGGCUCUCAAUUGCAGGCUCCACAUGAAUACUAUCCCAUCUCACCCAGAUAUCCACCACCACAAUCACCCAGAGCCUCAAAGUACAGUCAACAGCCCCAGCAGGCAGAACAAAACAAUAAUGAUCCCAAUCAACCCUACCUGCCUUCCUCGCCCAAAUCCGGCCGCUAUUCACCCGUGUACUCACCCGAAACUGGUCGCGUCAAGAUCAAGCUUAGUGAAACACCCCGCCCUAAAACACCCAUGCUAGUGACACGCAGUCGUUCAAAUGCCGGUGAUAUUAUAACCACACCCGUCAGACCCUCACAAAUGGAAAGCUUUCAGGCUACACCCGUUCAUACAGCAGCAACAAAUGGUCAUGCCGUUGGAGAUCAUUGAUAGUUUACGGGGGAAGGAUCCAAUAAACUAAUAAAAACCCACCCUUCCAAAAAAAAAACAAACUUUCACUACCACACAUAAAAGCCAACAACCAUUAAGAAAAGAGUAGUGUCUAAAAUGCUGUGAAUAAGGUGCUUUAAGCGAAAUUAACAUUAAAACUUAAUAUUUAAAGAGAAAAACUGAGAAGAAAGAAUCACCCACAACAAUAUUAUUUUCAUAACAAUUAUAUUAUUUUUAAAAUUUUUGUGAAAAAAAACAUAACCAUUUAACUAACAUGAUAAAUGUGAAGAAAUUUAAGCGGCGAAAUGUUUAAAGAAAAUCCUUGUACACUACAGAUAUUUAAAGGUAUGCUUGUUACGACGAGGAUGAACUUUUAAAGAAAUUUUCAUUUUAAAACGAAUUUAAAAUGAUGCAAAUUGUUUACAUAUAUAGAAAUCUUUAUAAUAAAUUUAAAAUUACGAAAAAUUUUGGUUUUGUAUGUCUGUCACAUUUUGAGGCAAUUCCCAAGAGCAUCAGAUCGGAAGAAAUAUACCUUGGCGAUUAUCAAGACUGCUAAGUGCUCCGUUACCAGAAUCUGUGGUCUGAAUGAAAUCUACGGAACAUUUAAAUACUGACGUAUCUUCAUAUUUAAUCUAUAUUGAACUUAUAAGUUUUGAAGUCGAAUUUUGAAGAUCAAGAAGUUUUAGAUUGAAGAAAACUUUUAUUGGAAUACUAGCUAAGCCCCAUACGCGUUAUUGGUCCUAAGCAUUGCUUAUAUCAGUCUAUAUCUAUAAAUCAAAAGACUCUUCACGUUUUAAAAUAAUAGUUUCAUCAGUUUAAGCGUAAAAUAUAAACUAUAACAUCUAAAUCAUAGAAACACUACUCACGACUCUUGGACUAUAUAUGUACAGAAAUCCUUGAGAUUAUUGGUUACGUACAAACCUAACUCUUCUUUUCUUAAAAAAGAAUCGCUAGAGAGUUAGAUAUCAGGACUUCUACUAGAAAGCUUUUAAAGUCUAAAUUUACGAGUCUAAACUUCAAAUUUAAAAAAUUUCUAAAACUUUUGUUCCUCUCUUUUGGUUUAAGAGUUAUAGAAUAAAACAAGUUGGGUUUUUGAAAGCGAAAAGGAAGCCGCUUUUAACUUGGACCUAACUAGGGGUUAAAGACUACUACUUGAAAGCUUUUAACAGUCUAAAUUUACGAGUCUAAACUUCAAAUUUUAAAAUUGUCUAAAACUUUUGGAUUUUUGAAAUGAAGCCGCUUUUAACUUGGACCUAACUAGGGGUUAAAGACUACUACUAGAAAGCUUUUAAGUCUAAAUUUACAAGUCUUAACUUCAAAUUUUAAAAUUGUCUAAAACUUUUGUUCCUCUCUUUUGGUUUAAGAGUUAUACAAUGAAACAAGUUGGGUUGUCGGAAAGGAAACCGCUUGGACAUAACUAGGGGUUAAAGACUACUUCUAGAAAGCUUUUAACAGUCUAAAUUUACGUGUCUAAAUUUCAAAUUUUAAAAAUGUCGGAAACUUUUUUCCUCUCUUAUGGUUUAAGAGUUAUAGAAUGAAACAUGUUGGGUUUUUGAAAGCUGAAAGGAAGCCACUUUUAAGGAAAUAACUAGAAGAAAGAAGCCAAUUUUUGAUAGUUGCUAUUGUGAAAUUAAAACUUCAAAUUUUUGUAUUAAAUUGACAUCAAAACCAUAGCAAACGGAACAUUUGCUUAGGGAUGAAAUUGCAACGUCCCAGAGACGUUUGAAUAUUCCGAAUACUUAUAAAUAGAUUGGAGCUUAAGGUAUUUUACCCUGCGAUCGUAAUCAUGGAAAGUUUUAAAAUGGAAAUAAAAUCGUGUGAAACUGUAUAAACAGUAUGUCUUAGUUGAAAAAAAAAACAAGAAAAAACCUAUUAAAACAACAUUGUAACAAAGCAUACCUUUAAAGAACUGUACAAAGGAACUCAAGCUUAUCCAUUACUUCACGUUUUUUUAUUUUUGUUAACAUAUUCAAACACAACUUUAAUUUAGCGGAGAGCAUAAAAGAGCUUUUGCAGACAGAAAGCUUUUAAACAUGAUAACAAACAACAACUUAAGUUAUCAACAAUUUAACCCUUUAACGUGUUAAACAGAACCUAAAAGACCUUUUUCUAUUAAAAACUAUGAAAUAUUGUUAAAAAAUUGUGAUUAAUGUUAAAGUUUAUAUAUAAAAAAAAUUAUGAACUAUUUUUUAUAUAAAUAUUUAUUAUUUUAAAUAUAAGAACAAAUAAAAAAGAAAAUUUUUAUUAAGUAAAUAAAUAAAAAAAAUUAAACAAAAAACAACAACAACAAUUUCAUUUUUUUAAUAUUUGAAAGUUUUCGAACAAAACUCUUUUAUGAAGGCAGCAAGAAAAAAAUUUA